GCUAGUCCUUUUCUGGACCUGAAAAACUGAAAUUGGGAGGAAAAGUACCAAAAAUUUGCAUUACUCAAUCGAAGAAGACGAUUCGAUCAUCGUGAAGAGAAGAAAUCUAUGAUUCUUGGGUUGAAAACGAACCUGCAGUAAGAUGAAGAAGACAAUUGACUUGACUGGGUUCCCAUACCUUGUAACUGCAGAGACUAUUACUGAAUUUCUAGAGAGGAAAUACACAGGAAAAGGUUCCGUGAUUGCAUUGGAGGUCAAGAAACCAAAAAAUGUGGGUUCAAGAGUAUAUGCAAGAGUUCAGUUUAAAACAGUUAAUGACGCGGAAUAUAUUAUUAACUUGGCUAAUAUGCGACAAAUAUACUAUGGAACGUCCUAUUUGAAGGCUUUUCCGAAAGACAUUGAUCUGGUACAAAACCCAAAGAUUUUUGAAUAUGAUAUGAAAGACAUUAAGCUCUAUUUUGGAUGUCUGGUCAGUAAAGACAAGUUUUCUGUGCUAUGGGGAAGUGAAGAUGUCAUGGUUCGGUUUGGCUUUCAACUAAGAAAACUUUAUUUCUUUCUAUCUUAUAAUUCUUUUGAAUACAAACUUCAGCUCUCGUACGAGAACAUCUGGCAGAUAGAUCUCCGUCGCCCACGCAACCAAUUGUUGAAAUACCUUGUCAUUCAGUUAGUAGGUGCACCUCGGAUUUAUUUGAAAAACAAGGAAUCUAGUAUGUACAGCUUCUUCAAGGAAACACCUGAUGAACAUUGGAUCAGAGCAACAGAUUUCACUCCAUCAUACAACAUUGGGCAAUCCUCUGCUUUAUGUUUGCAAUUCAAGUACGAUCUCGGUAUAAACUUCGUUGAGUAUUUCCCAUACUAUAACGAAUACGACGGAAGCUUUCUUGUAGAAGAUGGAACCAGUUAUUGUUGCCAUUAUGAUCUAGUGCCAAUUGUAGCUCCUCCCAUCGAGACUAAAUUACCUUUCAAUGUGAUUUUCAAAAUUUGUGCGUUAGUUCAACAAGGAUGUCUUCCAGGUCCAUUACUUGAUUCGAGAUUCUAUCGGUUGGUUGAUCCUUCAAGAAUGAACAUCGUGCACAUAGAACAUGCAUUAGAGACUUUGUUUAAUAUUAAAGAAUCUUGUUAUGAACCUGUGAAAUGGCUUAUGGAGCAAUAUCAGAAAUAUAUAUCGUCGAAAAGGGCUACUAGAUUGCCCUCGAUUAAAGUUGACGACGGUUUGGUUUAUGUAAGACGGGUUCAGAUAACUCCGUCGAAAGUUUGGUUUUCUGGUCCGGAGGUUAAUAUGUCGAAUCGAGUUAUACGUCAAUUCUCGAGUUAUGUGGAUAACUUUCUUAGGGUUUCGUUUGUCGAUGAGGAAUUGGGAAGACUUCAUUCGAUGGAUUUAUCUCCACGAAGUGCUUCGAUCGAGAAAAGAACAGGGGUUUAUAAACGGGUAGUGGAGACUCUUCGAAAUGGUAUUAAAAUUGGCGACGAGAAGUUCAAUUUUCUCGCGUUCUCGUCGAGUCAGUUAAGGGAGAAUUCUGCAUGGAUGUUUUCUUCGACGAAAGACGGGGCUAUAACUGCUGACAGUAUAAGGAAAUGGAUGGGAGAUUUUCAUAAGAUCAGAAAUGUCGCUAAAUAUGCUGCCAGGUUAGGUCAAUCAUUCAGCUCUUCAACCGAGACUCUUACUAUCCUAAAUGAAGAAAUCGAUUUCAUCCACGAUAUAGAAACUGUAACUCGCGGAAUUAGUUACACUUUCUCCGAUGGGAUCGGGAAGAUCUCGUCAGACUUCGCUCGAAAGGUCGCUAAAAAAUGCAACAUUUCAGGUUCAGUUCCGUCUGCAUUUCAGAUUCGGUAUGGAGGUUACAAAGGCGUGAUAGCCGUCGAUCCAGAUUCUUCUUCGAAGAUAUCGUUAAGACCGAGCAUGAUGAAAUACGAAUCGAAGAACACGAAAUUGGAUGUUUUGGCUUGGAGUAAAUACCAGCCUUGUUUCUUGAACAGACAAGUGAUCACUCUUUUGUCCACUCUUGAAGUGAAAGAUGAAAUCUUCGAAGAGAAACAGAAAGAAGCAGUUGAUAAACUCGAUGCCAUCUUGAAGGAUCCGUAUGAAGCACAAGAUGCGUUGGAAUUGAUGUCUCCAGGAGAGAAUACAAACAUUUUAAAGGAAUUGCUUAUGUGUGGUUAUAAACCGGAUAAAGAACCAUUUCUAUCAAUGAUGUUGCAAACGUUUAGGGCUGCAAAAUUGUUGGAAUUGCGGACGAAAUCUAGGAUUUUUAUUCCAAAGGGAAGAGGAAUGAUGGGAUGUUUGGACGAAACUAAAACCUUAGAGUAUGGACAGGUUUUUGUUCAAUACUCUGAUGCUGGUCAUCGUUAUUCUCGAAAUGAAACUAUUGUAAUUACGGGGAAGGUAGUUGUCGCUAAAAACCCAUGUCUACACCCGGGAGAUGUUCGUGUUUUAUUGGCUGUCGAUGUUCCUAGAUUGCACCAUAUGGUGGAUUGUGUUGUAUUUCCACAGAAAGGAGAAAGACCUCAUCCUAAUGAAUGCUCUGGAAGUGAUCUAGAUGGAGAUAUUUAUUUUGUUUGUUGGGACAAGGACUUAAUUCCUCCAAGGCAAUGUCAACCAAUGGAUUACACUGCUGCUCCAAAUGUAAUGUUAGAUCAUGAUGUUACCAUGGAGGAAGUUGAGGUGUAUUUUGCCGACUACAUUGUGAAUGACAGUCUAGGAAUCAUUGCAAAUGCCCACACAGUUUUUGCAGAUAGAGGACCCGAGAAAGCAAUGAGUAGCCAGUGCAAAGAACUCGCUGAAUUAUUCUCAAUCGCAGUUGACUUCCCUAAGACUGGUGUCCCAGCUAAUAUACCUCCCCAUCUACGUGUAAAAGAGUAUCCCGAUUUCAUGGAAAAACCCGAUAAAACCACCUAUAUAUCCCAACGCGUGAUCGGAAAGCUUUUCAGGGCAGUAAAAGAUGUAAAAUCCGACACCAUCUUAACCUUCACUCGUGAAAUCGCAAAGAGAUCGUACGAUCCCGAAAUGGAAGUGGAGAAUUUCAUGGAUUAUUUGGAGGACGCUCUAGACUACAAAAGGGAAUACGAUUACAAACUAGGAAACUUGAUGGACUAUUACGGUAUCAAAACCGAGGGAGAGAUAUUGAGCGGAUGUAUAAUGAAGAUGUCGAGGUCUUUCGAUAGGAGGAAGGAUGCUGAAUCAGUUGGUUUAGGAGUUAAGGCUUUGAGGAAGGAAGCGAGAUCGUGGUUUAAUAAGAAAACAGAUGAAGGAGGAGAUAAUGACGAUGUUUAUGCGAAAGCAUCGGCGUGGUAUCAUGUCACUUACCAUCCCGAUUAUUGGGGUUAUUCCGACAAGGAGUUGAAAAGAGGGCAUUUUAUAAGCUUUCCUUGGUGUGUGUAUGAUAAGUUGAUGAGCAUCAAGAGGGAUAAAGCAAGAUCUUUUGGUAUGUCAUCUUUGGGAAGAGAUGUAAGUUCUAAAUUGAGGUUGAGUUAGAUUUGGGAUAAAUCCCAUUAUUUUAUCUUUUGAUGUUGUUAUUUUGUAUGAUUCUAGUAUGGAAAAUGCAAUAUAUGUAUCUAAGUUUGCUAAUCCUUUAUUUUGUUUGUAUGACAAGGUAAUGUAGUUCUUAAAAUUGCUUGCAUCAUAUGUUUU